AGGAUACCAGAUGGCCCCAUUGAUCAGGGACCAGCUGCAGGAAAGGUACAUGCUUUAGAGGAGCAACUUUUAAAGGCCAAAGAACAGAUAGAAAACUAUAAGAAGCGGACAGGAGAUGGCCUUGGAAAAGACCAUGAAAUAUUGAGGAGGAGGAUUGAAAAUGGGGCUAAGGAACUUUGGUUUUUCCUCCAGAGUGAACUGAAGAAGCUGAAAAAUCUAGAAGGAGGUGAACUGCAAGGACGCAUUGAUGAAUUUCUGUCUGAUUUGGGUCAUCAGGAAAGGUCAAUAAUGACCGACUUGUACUACCUCAGUCAAACAGAUGGAGCAGGAGAUUGGCGAGAAAAAGAGGCCAAAGAUCUAACAGAUUUGGUACAGAGGAGAAUAACUUACCUACAGAACCCGAAGGAUUGCAGCAAAGCUAAGAAACUUGUGUGUAAUAUCAACAAAGGCUGUGGCUAUGGUUGUCAACUUCAUCAUGUAGUCUACUGCUUCAUGAUUGCUUAUGGCACUCAGCGAACACUCAUUUUAGAGUCUCAGAAUUGGCGCUAUGCUACUGGUGGCUGGGAGACUGUGUUUAGGCCUGUAAGCGAGACAUGUACUGACCGAUCAGGUACCACCACUGGACACUGGUCAGGUGAGGCUAAUGAUAAGGAUGUUCAGGUGGUGGAACUUCCCAUUGUUGACAGCUUACACCCACGGCCACCUUAUUUACCGCUGGCUGUUCCUGAAGACCUGGCUGAUAGGCUAAUUCGUGUACAUGGGGAUCCUGCGGUGUGGUGGGUCUCGCAGUUUGUGAAAUACUUGAUACGUCCACAGCCCUGGUUAGAAAAAGAAAUAGAGGAAGCUACAAGGAAACUUGGUUUCAAACAUCCAGUGAUCGGUGUUCACGUUCGAAGGACAGACAAAGUAGGAACAGAAGCAGCAUUUCAUCCCAUUGAAGAAUAUAUGGUACAUGUUGAGGAACGGUUUGAACUUCUUGCUCGCAGAAUGCAUGUUGAUAAAAAAAGAGUGUAUUUGGCUACAGAUGACCCUUCAUUGUUGCAAGAGGCAAAAUCCAAGUAUCCAAAUUAUGAAUUCAUCAGCGAUAACUCCAUAUCCUGGUCAGCAGGACUUCAUAACCGUUACACUGAAAAUUCCCUAAGAGGUGUUAUUCUGGAUAUUCACUUCCUGUCACAGGCAGACUUCCUGGUCUGUACAUUUUCAUCCCAGGUUUGUCGAGUUGCCUAUGAAAUUAUGCAGACAUUGCAUCCAGAUGCUUCAGCAUAUUUCCAUUCUUUGGAUGAUAUCUACUACUUUGGGGGACAGAAUGCCCACAACCAGAUUGCUAUUUAUGCUCAUCAUCCAAGAACUGCAGAUGAAAUUCCUAUGGAACCUGGAGAUGUAAUUGGAGUAGCUGGAAACCACUGGGAUGGUUAUUCAAAAGGCAUCAAUAGAAAAUUAGGAAGAACAGGCCUGUACCCAUCCUAUAAAGUUAAGGAGAAAAUUGAGACAGUCAAGUAUCCUACAUACCCAGAAGCUGACAAGUAGACUAAAAGGAAGACCUUCGGCAGUAAUUCUCAAUUUUGAUUGGUUUGAACCAGUCAACACACUAACUAAUGGUUUAUAUGGGAUUUGAAUUUGCAUUUUAACAUGCAGUUAAAAUCAAAGCCUUUAGCAAUGAAACUGGAUAAGAAGCUGAGAACAAAUGGAUGGGCUAUUAUCUGAACUUACUCUUAAACAGUUUUUGUUAUAUGCACUCUCACACAUGCACACACAAACCCACAUACAACAGGAAAACUGUUGUUUUAUACUUUUUGUCUCUUUUCAAGAUUCGUCCCAGUCAUUAGUCUUACAUGAGCUUUGGGCUCUUUUUCUCUGCCAUUAAUUGACAAUAAUGUUCAGACUUACAACACUGCCACAUUGUGUAAUUUGAGUGACAUGAACAUAUUUUGUAUGUGCAAAAUUUAAAACAUGGUGCCUAUAUUUGAAAAAAUUGUGACCUUUUUAAAAGAGCCAUGCCUAUUUCACAAAGGGUAAGAGUCAAUCUUCAACUGGUGUUACCAUGACCACUGAACAUGCUUCAAACAACAGAUUCAGAUUUCAGACUAGAUUUCUUUUACGAGUUUAUUUUUAGCAUUCCAUUGAUUACUUCUCAUCAUUAAUAAAAUAAAGAAUAAAUCCAACAA